GACGUCUGACCGUCUGUCACGUGAUUCAGUAGACGUGUAAAGUUAAUUAGCUUAAUUAAUGUGGGAGAGAAGUCGGAGAAGAAAGCGUUGAGGGAUUUCACCAAAAUGGCCGUCGUCUGCGCCCCGUCUGCCGCGGUUCUCCCGGAAGUGGGCGUGUCCCCCGGAAACUCGAUGGCCCGUCACCUGCGCUUGAUGCAUGACGACACGAGCCAGCUGUUUCCCAAGUCGGCGGCGAGUUCAAAACCAAGUCAGCCCAACAAAUUCAUGUCGGUGUACAAGGUGGAUUUCAAGCUUCACCCCCUGCCGAGUUUCUUGUCGAAAUCACUUGAGGUAGAGAAACCCAAGAGACUGACCAUUAGAGAUGUCCUUUUCGGCAACAGUCCAUCAGAUGCGCUAAAGCUUUGGAAAAUCCCUGAUAGAUUUACCCAGUCCGCUAGAACAGAAGAAAAGAAAACAAAAGCCUUCGAAUCUAAAGAGGUUCAAGUUGACAGUAGGCCAACACUCCAACGCCAGACAUCUUUGCCAGCCAUAGCAUUGUCUUCGCCCAAGGGGGAGAACUCUAAACACGUGACUUCGGCUCCGCCAAUCAGAUUUAAGGUGACCGUCGACGAGAAAGCUGCGAUAAAUAAGACGCCGGCACAAAUCCCAGCUACAGAACAUCGUGCACCGAGUGGGUCCUGUCGGAAGGAGACAAGUGCCGGAACAGCAGGGAAGGUCAGGAACAGCAGACGGCAGCUGUACAGCGUCAUCAGGGCCUCGCUGUUUCCGGACGUCAGGAGAAGGUUGGAGAAGUGGCUGGAGACUGCUAGUGACACAGAGUGCCAAGUCGCUUUUGACUUCUUUAACUCAAUGGCUGGAACUAAACAGAUGGGAUCUACUAGGGAGGAACAGAGGAAGAAACUGAAAGAGGUCAUCCACACUUUGGAGAAGAGCAAGCCUCCAAGCAAAACAAAAGUAGAAAGCGAUGAGCCUAAUGUUCAAGGGAAGGAAACGAAGCUCAAGUUUAUAAACCUGCUGGAACCGGAAGUAAGGGCAAACAGAUGGAUGCACACGACAUGGCAUCACAUGCCGGAAUACACGGACAACAACCCAGGUAACAACUGGAAGUCUCACUACACCCGCCCCCACGCUCCAGUACCACGGCACUUCGUCCUUCACCCUGACUGGUGCUAGCCACUUACACUCUUUGUACUCAGUACAACAGACAAGUGUGAAUGUACACAAUCCUUGGCUAAAACAAGUGGACUUAUAUUUACUAUAUUGAAUAUAACAAAUAUGAAGCUACUGUACUUUUCUGCUGUACUUAAAAACCAUUCACAAUUUUCUUGUAUUUUAAGUGUAAAAAUAUCUUGUUGAUGGAAUCAGUAUUAAAAA